AUGGCGGAAUUCAAAAUCGCAACCGAGAAAUUUGCAACUCUUCAGGGCAGUGUAGUUGUCGUCACAGGUGCAUCCUCCGGGAUCGGUCUUGCAACGACAACUUUACUCCUAGACGUAGGAGCUUUUGUGGUUGCAGGUGAUAUGAGCCCGGUUCCCGUUGAGCACGAAAACCUUUCCUUCCAGAAAACAGAUAUAAUCUCGUGGCAAGAUCUACAGGCUUUGUUUGGCCUGGCACAAGAACGCCAUGGCAAAGUAGAUCACGUCUUUGCGAAUGCAGGAAUUCCAGGUCGAACCAUUUUCAUCGAAGACAGGGUGGAUGAGAACGGGCUGCUCCUCGAACCUGAUCUGAAAGUGAUCGAUGUCAACCUCAAAGGAACAAUCUUUACAGCAACCUUGGGGUUACAUUACAUUAAGAAGCAGGGGAAAGGUAGUAUCGUCAUUACUGCUUCAGCUUCGAGCUUUCAGCGGUUUGGUUUUACGGAUUACACCGUAUCGAAGCACGGAGUCCUGGGAUACAUGCGUGGAUUGGUUCCAAGCCUGAACAUACUCCAUCCAUCAAUCCGAAUCAACGCAAUUUCACCAAAUUGGACUGCAACUGGAAUCGUCGCCAAGGAUAUCGUUGAAGGAAUCGGUGCGAAAGUGCAAGGGCCCGAGGUUCCUGCUCGAUCUGCGGUCUUGCUGAUGGCUGAUGACACAAGACAAGGGCAACUCAUUUACUCAGUCCACGGGAGAUAUGUUGAGAUUGAAGAAGCGGUUUUGCUGAAGUCGGUUCGGGAAAACAUUGUCCUGAAAUAUCAACCUGAAGAAGAUACCGCUUUCGACAAAAUGGCAAAGCUGUGUUUCAAGGACGUCCAGAAGCCGUCGGACUGA